GCGGAGCGGCGGCAGCGCCAUGGGGCUGGAGACGGAGAAGGUGGACACCCGCAUCUUCAUGGACGACGACAACUUCCCGGGGAGCGGCGGCCCCGCGCUGUCGGAGGCGGAGAAGGGAGCGGAGGACGAGCUGGACCGCGACCCCCAUGGGAUGAACGCCCACCUCCAGCUGGGCUUCGAGGACGUGAUCGCGGAGCCAGAGCUAACGCACUCCUUCGACAAAGUCUGGAUCUGCAGCCACGCUCUCUUUGAGCUCAGCAAGUACGUGAUCUACAAGCUCCUGACCUUGGUCCUUGCCAUACCCCUGGCCCUGGUUGUAGGGAUCCUCUUUGCGGCGCUCAGCUGCCUGCACAUCUGGAUUGUGGUGCCUUUCGUGAAAACUUGUCUCAUGGUCUUGCCCUCAAUGCAAACCAUAUGGAAGAGCUUGACAGAUGUUUUCAUUGUACCAUUCUUUCAGAGCAUAGGCCGAUGCUUUGCCAUGGUUAAUAUACGCGUGGACCAAGAGUAAACAUCAGGGGUGCAACACUGCUGUAAUUGUAGCUGGUUUUAUACCUCUUUGCUAAUCUAACAUACAAGCACUUACCAUUCAUUCCAAACUGGUAAAUUGCAAUGGCUGGUUUAAGAGGGAACAUGCUAUUUUUCCUAAAACUCAUUUAUUAUCAGGGAGAUCAGUUUAAGAAUAAGUAGGCAGUUUUCAUAACUCACUAUUUUAACAACAGAGCAAUCAUGGAGUAUGUUGGCAACACUUUAUUUUAAUGGUACAUUGGUUGCUAGAUGACAGGAGAAUUCUUGGGAAGGUUUAACAGCCACCACAGUGAUAAUGAUUUGCAUUAUUACUAUAAAAAUUUCAAUGAGUAGGCUGUGGUAGCUUAGGAAAAAGUGAUCUCUAAGGGUUCAUACUGACUUUAGUGCAGUUCCACCACCCACUAUGCAGAGUGAUAAACCCAGUCCUUUAUUGUCAGCAGUUAAAAUGAAUGUGACUUAUUGCAUAAACAUACGGGAGAGAAACUGUUGUGUAAUUCUCCUAUACCAGAGGGAAAAGCUCCCUAGAAGUUUAUCCCUUAAAAUAAGGUGUUAGCUAAUGAUCUGGGACAUCAGCUAAUCUGUAUAUUUAUUUUCUGAGAGGUUAACUUUGCUGUAUAUUUUGUACCUUUGUAAAUGGCACUCGAUAGUUUUCUUUGAAGCACUAUUUCUAUAGUUUUUAAUUCUAACCAACUUAUUAGGAAGCAGGAGUGAGACACUGCAAAAAAUUACUUUAGAUAACUAAAAUUUCUGUUUCUAAAUUAUGUAGAUUUUUAAGUGCUGCCAUGCAACUCUAGUGUAAUUAUUAUAUAUGAUUGUGUGUAAAAGCAAAGAUUAUAAGUAUUUUCAUACAAGACCUUGCAAAACAGUUGGAAGUAUCUGUUUAUGAGAAAUGUUUUUUUAUUAAAAAUGGGGUGUAGUAAAUGCAACCCUGCCUAUUUCUGUGUAUUAUCUGUGUGAACAUUGUGAUAUUUAAAAUUAAAGACACUAUGCUAGCACUUUAACUAAGUAGCAAGCUCUUGUAGAAGGCAAGUGAGUGUAAUUGAUAUCCUUGUCUAAUUCUCCUCACCUAUUGACUUAAUUCCGCAUGUUACAUAUUUACUACUUCAAAGCCUAACUGCUAAAAAAAGCCCUUCUUCCUUCUGCACUUAAUAUGACUUUGUAAACCGGAAUAACAGAAUGUAUGCAGAGGUACAUGAAAAUUACAUUAGCCUUCUGGUGGGCUUAUGCUACUGUUUUCUUUAAAUACAGAUGGUAAGUUGCAAUUGUAAAAUGUUUGUAUGAUUCAGAAUGUUAUUUCCUAAAAUGUUGUCACAGAUUUCAUAUGAAAAAAGAGCUAUAUAAUAAAAUAAUAAAAUGUCAGCUUUUUCCCAUUUUAAACUUCUUUUUUUUCAUAUUUCCCAGCUUUUUAAAAAGCUGCUUAGAUAAAUAGUGAACAGCAUGGAAUAUGCAGUUCUUCCAAAAUAUAGGAAAGGGUAAAGGAUGAGCAUCAAUACCGUUCCAUUGUUAUCAACUGCAUUUAACAUAUUUAUAGUAAAAAAUUAUGUAUCUCUGUGUUAUUAAGCCCAUACAGAAUGGUUGCUUUCUCUAAAACAAGUGUCUCUGCAGAAUUUUGGCUACAUUAAAAAAAUGCUUAAUUCUUUUUAUUGGCACAAGCUUCCUUUACAGGUGAGCUGCAGAUCUUUCCUUUUCUUGCUUAUUUGCCUACAGAAACUAGCUGACCCUGUAUAUUCUUUGUACACUAAGAACAUCUGUUAACAUAUGUUAACAUCUUUAACAUAUGUUAAAAAUAUUUUUGCCAUUUAUGUCAUUUAGAGAGGGAUUCAUAUGGCUUUUGAAAACUGGAUCUUAAUGAUUACUGCCCAUGGAAACUUGUCUGGAUUUUUUUUAUUCUACAAGAAGUUAGCUUGUUGUUCAGAUGUGUUCUGCAAGAUACCUUUCUUAUGCUGAAAAUGGAAAUAUCUCUUUUGGAAAUAAAAAUUGGUCAGGCUAGGCUUGAACUCUUUUGAGAGUUAUUUUCUUUUACAACAUCCAAGAAUUUUUACAAAGGUAUUUUGCAUGGAAAACAAUAUCCCCUUGGUGAAUUCAUUAAAGGAAAAAAGGAAAAUAAAUCAAUCAGUACUAGUUCCUGUGUCUAAAAGGAGCCCUAUAAAAGCUUUGAGGGAACUUAAGUCUGGAUCCAAACUUUCAGAAUGAGGCCAUUCCCUAGAGAGAAGUGUAUCGGUUUAGGUCAUGAACUCCUGGAUAUAUGCAUUCUUAAGUAGCUUACUGAAAUCAUCUGGCUAUACCACAAACAAA